AUGUAUGUAUAUUUUGUAGGGGAGGCUCAUGCGAUUUGCCACUUAUUGGAGCGUAAAUGCGUAAUGUUCUAUGACCUUGGCCUUUUGUCCAGGCUGGGAGGGCUACAGCCCCGAUCCAUACACUGAGUUCUUUCAGCUUGGUUCUGAACCCAAUGGUGCAGAAUAGGGAUGUCAUACUGUUCCCAUCAUGCAUCUUGAGCAUCAUUGCACCCCAAGUCAAAACAGUCCCUGUUUUGUCAUUUUGAAAAGAAGGCCUUUGUUAAGUUGAUCCAGACCUGAUUUUCUUUGUUUCUCUUCUCUUUACAGAGAAGAGAAUCUGCCUCUCUUUCCAAAAAGGCCAAUAACACAUUCAACAUUGUUGGAACUACAUACACCAUCAACGAAGCAAAGGACCCAGGUUUAACCACCGUCUCCAGGAGUGCCACCACAGCUACACACCACCACCACCACCACAGCCACAAGGUCCCUAAAAUGGACGACAAUUACGUGGAAGCCAUAAAGUCCUACAACCGCGUCAGCAAAGUGGACAAGAUAUCACGCAUCAUCUUCCCUGUACUGUUCUUCAUCUUCAACCUGGUCUACUGGGCCACGUACAUCAACAGCAAGCCGCGCGCCGUCCCCCCUCCCAGGUCCACCUCCCAGAAUUAA